AUGUCUGGGGUUACAAUGGUAAUGGCCAGCUUGGACUGGGCAGCAGUGGCAAUCAGCCAACACCAUGCCGAAUAGCAGCUUUGCAAGGCAUUCGUGUACAGCGGAGUUAUAGAGAUUGCAGCCUGCCACUCUGCUCACACGUCGGCUGCCAAGACCCAGAGCGGCCAGGUGUACAUGUGGGGCCAAUGCCGUGGGCAGUCAGGGAUCCUUCCCCACCUCACUCCCUUUGCCUGCACUGACGAUGUGUUUGCUUGCUUUGCUACCCCUGCCGUUAUGUGGCGUCUUCUAUCAGUAGAGCCUGAUGACCAUCUAACAGUAGCCCAGUCACUAAAGAAGGAAUUUGACAACCCUGAAACUGCAGACCUGAAGUUUCUAGUGGAUGGAAAAUACAUUCAUGUUCAUAAAGUUCUUCUCAAAAUUAGGUGUGAACAUUUUCGUUCCAUACUGAAUAAUGAUGAUGAAAUUAUAGAAAUGAGUGAGUUUUCUUAUCCUGUUUACCGAGCCUUCCUGGAAUACCUGUAUACAGACAACAUUAGGCUCCCUCCUGAAGAUGCUAUAGGACUGCUAGAUUUGGCAACACUGUAUAGAGAAAACAGAUUGAAAAAGCUUUGCCAGCAAACGAUCAAACAAGGCAUUUGUGAAGAGAAUGCCAUUGCUCUUCUUUCCGCCGCUGUCAAAUAUGAAGCUCAGGACUUGGAAGAAUUUUGCUUCAGAUUUUGCAUAAACCAUUUAACUGUUGUUACACAAACUCAAGGCUUUGCAGAAAUGGACCACGACCUCCUGAAAAACUUCAUUAGCAAAGCAAGCAGAGUGGGAGCAUUCCGAAAUUGAGGUCUGACUACCACCAAGCUGA